AUGAUGAUGAAGAGGGCGAGCGGGUGUCUCGUCAUGGAAGGGACAAAAGCCAGGGUCAGACCAGAUACGGCCCGGCCAAUCGUGUUGCCCCUGGCGCCUGGUCAUUUUGUCCUUGUCGCCAAGGCCAGCCGCCACGACCCCAGCCACUCGUUGCCUCGCACCAGCCGAGGAGGGCCAGCCAGCCAGGUGCUUGCCAACUGCCAAGUGCCCAGGUAUCUCGGUACAACUUCCAAGAACAUUGAAUCUCCGCCACACUCACUCGCUCCCUCACGCACAAUAUCUCGAUACCCAAAGGGAGCAAUCGUCGGUCGAUCGCCUCAGCUCUCCCUCAGAAAAGCGACACUCGACGUUCCUGUCGCUCCCCGACGGUCUGCCUCGAACUUCCCGAUUCAGUCGCUACCUACAUCAACCUUGGACCUUUUCAACGUCGUUGCAGCGUCUGCGCGAUCUCUCGUCUUCUCAGCCCAGCCUCUGCCCGUCGGUUUCCGUCUCGGCCUCAGUCUCGGCCUCGUUGAAGCACUCUCGACAGGAGCUGAACUGCACAGCAACAAUCUGAUUGCUUUCAAUUCGAGUUGCAACUCUGCAAUUGAGCGAGCUUGGGAAAUUCGCCAACCGCUCAGCGCGCCAUUUGGUCCAGUCGUAUCCCGAUCAACCUGCGACGACGCUGAGCCCAACUCUGCCAAUCCUGGUGGCCUCCCAUUCCUGAAUGCGACAUUUGACCGCGCUACAAUACCACCUGCAGCCAAAAUGGGGUCGACCGACUUUGGAAAUUUCAACGACUUCUGCAAGGACUCCACCUUGCCAGUGUGUAACCUGUUUUCAGGACCGAGACACGACCAGAAUGGCCCCUGGGGAGGAUGCCAACUCACUGGAAUUCCGCUGAGCAACAACCGUCACCUGGCUAAUUUGGGCUCAAUCAUUCUCUGUGGCGCCGCCAUUGCCACUUCACUUGUCCUGUUGCUGCGAUCCGAGAGGAAACGGGCGGCUGUUGGUCGCAGGGAAAUGCAAAUAUUCCUAGCUGGGUACAUCAUCAUUAGCAUAUGCGAAAUCUUCUCCGUUGGUGGCUUCCCUCUCAACCCGACUGCUCGAGUGGUCUUUAGUGCCAUCCAUAUUGGCAUGAUUAUUGCUACAACUUGGAUUCUGAUGCUUAAUGCCGUCAUUGGUUAUCAAUUAAUCGACGAUGGAACCCCGCUCUCUGUGGGACUGCUCAUUGUUUCUGCCGGCGUCUUGUUUAUUGGAACCGGAUACAUUGCGCUCGACACCGGUCUCAAAUGGACUGGCUACUGGAAUAGCAGCUAUGAUGCUCCGAACCGAAACAUUGCUCUCUACGUCUUGUACCAGCUUAUCCCUCUCAUUUUUCUUGUCGCCUUUUUCGUCCUGGAAGCAGUCUUGGUCCUUCGCGUGCUUGGAGAGAUUCGACCCAUGAUUUAUCUGACCACUGCUGCUUUGCUUUUCGCCAUUGGCCAAGUCUUCAACUACGCCAUUAGCAGAUUUAUUUGCGACGGUACCAGCGGCGCGAUUGACGGAGCCUUGUUCGAGACACUCUUUACUCUGCUGUCCGUCGUUGCUGUGUGGAUUUUCUGGUCCAGCAUUACCGAAGACGACUGGCCAAUGCAAACCGGCGCCUCAUACGACUAA